GGGGCUGUCCCACCAGUCUCCUGGGGCUGCGGGCUGCCGAGCUGGCUCUCGCUGUUCACUGCACGGUCCCAAGAGGAGGCAGCCGCCACCGUACUGGGCCUCUCUGCCACUUCCCCGAGCAGGAAGGAGCCUUGGGUCCCGCAUUUCUCCUGCAGACAACAGGUCGUUUGCUGAGGAAUGUAACCUGUCCUAUUGGCUGAAGUCAGGAAGGGCUGCAGUUCCUAGUUUGCUGUGAUGUCAGUUGGGGAUUCUUCCUGGAAAACCCUGGAAAUGGAGAGCUUGAACACGAGGUUCAGCGCCUGGACACCUUUUAGCAACAAGUCACUAAAUAGACAGCUCUUUCAGGAAAGAGUUGCUUUGAUAAGUCAUUGGUUUGACCUCUGGACCCACAAACAACGUCAAGAAUUCUUAUUCACAAUUCUUUUACGAUGCACUAAAUCACAAUUAAGGUUUGUCCAAGACUGGUUUUCAGAAAGGACGCAAGUGGCCAGGGUGGACUUCUCGACUGUGUUACCACGCUUCAUUUCUCUAUAUAUCUUCUCUUUUCUGAACCCAAAAGACCUGUGUGCAGCAGCCCAAGUCAGCUGGCCCUGGAAGUUUUUAACUGAACAGGAUUGCUUAUGGAUGCCCAAAUGUAUUAAGUUUGGAUGGUUUCUGCCCUAUACACCAACAGACAACGAAUAUGGGGCUUGGAAGCGCCAUUACAUUGCUUGUGUGUCCAACCUAGAUUGGCUAACUCCCAGGGAGGCCGCUGCUAUUUAUGGGACACUGAAUGAACCCAAAGCAGAGGACGAGGAGCUUCAGGAGAGACAGAGAGAAAAGUGCCUAAGGAAAAUAAUUUGGGAGAAAAUUGCUCUACACAAGAAGGAGUUAUUCAAAGUUCGACCCCCUUGGGUGACUGGAACAUGCUGCUCCAGAUUGUUAAAAUCCAAAUACCAACCACAUCUCUCCCAGACGGUGAGGGAUCGAGUGGGAUUACAUGAAGCUUUGGAGAAACAGCUUGUUUUGGCAUCAAUAGAAGCUUUGCCCAAACAUCACAGUAUAUUAUAUAUCCAUUAUAAUUCUCCUAUUAGUAAACAUUAUAAAAUAACAGACCCUGGUCCUGUAGCUGUGUUUGUUUUCUAGAUGGUGGUGGACAGCGUGAAGGCAGGUGUGAUUUCUGUGGUCUGUGAACACGGCGGCAUGACCUUGGAGAGCCUUCUCUACCUCAUAGGGAAAGCCCUGCAGGGGAGGAAGGCACAGAGCAUAGGAAUCCUGAGUGAUGGAGAUAGCAGAGAAAUCAAUUUACUUCAAGGCUAUAAAAUUGGUAUUAAAAAUUUACUGAGGCCUGAAGUGAGAGACUUCUGGGAGAAAUUAGGCAGCUUUGUAGCCACCAAAGAAGAAGGGGGUCAUGUGGACUUAUUUGUGCCUCUUGGAGCAUCAGAGGCAGGCAUAGAAGUGCUCUCUCAGCUGUCUCAACUAACUGGCACAUUCUUUACUGCUCCCACUGGGAUUGCAACUGGCUCUUACCAACACAUUCUUAGUGACUGGCUGGGACCUCAGCAGGCUGGGCCUCCUCCUUCCAUCUACUUCAAUGAAGCCAAGCUACAGAUGUGGUCCAACCUCACAGACUUCCUGGAAGAUGCCUUGAAAUCAGUGAGGAGAGAGUUAAGACCUCUCUUCAAGGAGCUGCAGAAGGGCAUCAAUGGCAGGAUGAUAGGGCAAUUUAUGUUUGACUCCAUGAGUAUGACAAGCAUUCUGAAUAACCAAGACAUUGCACAAGCUCUAGCAGAUGGUCUGAUGGAGCUGUCAAAAGAAAAUUCUGACAGGCCUCUGGAAUUUUUGGCAUGUUUUCUGCUGAAGAAAUGUAGUAAAAAGAGCAAAGAUGAAGGAAAUGUUCUUCUGACAAAAUGUGACCUCAAAGAAACACUUGAUUUGUUCACAAAGGAAAGAAACAUUAUAGAAGACAACUCUCAGGACACAGAAUCAAGUCUCAACAAAAGUGAUCUGGAUUUUGAAGUGCUCCUUAAGCUGGAGAGAAAGCUGCAGAGAGACUCAGCAGAUAAGCGAACUAGUGCUGCCAGGGAACUCUUACAGAGUGAGAGAAAGUAUGUGCAGAUGCUGGAAAUUGUGCGGGAUGUUUAUGUGAGACCACUGAGAGCAGCACUGGCAUCAAACAGAGCGAUUCUGAGUGCUGCAAACAUACAGAUAAUUUUCUCUGAUAUUCUGCAGAUUUUAAAUCUCAACAGGCAGUUUCUAGAUAACCUAAGAGACAGACUACAGGAAUGGAGCUCAGCCCACUGUGUGGGGGAAAUAUUCAUAAAGUUUGGAGGCCAGUUGAACACAUACACCAAUUUCUUCAAUAAUUACCCUGUUGUUCUGAAAACCAUCGAGAAGUGCAGAGAAAUGACACCAGCAUUCCGAGCUUUCCUGAAGAGGCAUGAUAAGAGCACUGUUACUAAAAUGCUGAGCCUGCCGGAGCUGCUUUUGUUCCCAUCUCGGAGAUUUGACGAAUAUGUGAAUCUUCUCUAUGCUCUGAGGCUUCAUACUGCUGCGGAACACAUUGACCGAGGGGACCUGACUACUGCAAUUGGCCAAAUCAAAAAAUACAAAGGUUAUAUAGAUCAGAUGAAAGAAAACAUCAGAAUGAAGGAGCAGCUGUCAGACAUACAGAGAAUCAUCUGGGGGUGCCCUACUCAAUUUGAAAUAAACAGAUACCUGAUUAGGGUCCAAGAUGUAGUCCAACUCCACUGCUGUGAUGAGGAGAUAAGUUUCUCUUUAAGGCUCUAUGAACAAAUUCGUGAUCUCAGCUUCUUCCUCUUCAAUGAUGCACUGCUUGUUUCUAGCCGGGACAUAUCUUACACUCCAUUUGAAAGGACUUCAAAAACAACCUACCAGUUCAUUGCAUCAGUGGCCCUUCACAGGUUACUAAUAGAAGAUAUUCCAGAUUCCAAGUAUGUCAAGAAUGCAUUUAUUCUUCAAGGUCCAAAAUGUGAAUGGAUUUGUGCUACUGAGGUGGAGGAUGACAAAUUCCUAUGGUUGUCAGUACUCCAAAAUGCGAUCAAAAGCAGUAUGGACAAGUGAGACUAGACUUGGAAGAAAACAUCAGGGGUGCCAAUUCUCCCUGGCAAAGACUGACAAUGUUGUUCUUCUGUUCAGGGUAUCCAGUAAAAAGCAGAAUGAUUAUCUGUUGUGGAUGAUGAGAAGAUGAGAACCAUAAGGUUCUUUCCAACUUUUGAACUUCAUUAUCUAUAAUAAGUUUUGUGAGGCUGGGGAUAGCUCUAUUGGUAGAGUGCUUGCCUCUCAUGCACAAGGUUUUGGAUUCAAUCCCCAGUACCACCACCCCCACAAAAAAAAAAAAAAAAAAAAAAAA